AUGACUUAUGUUACUCAUCUAAACCUAGCUGGCUCUUAUCAUAGACCUUUACUGGUCUCCAUCACUUCUCAGAGUAAUACUGGACAAAUUUACCCUUUCAGAUAUAUUAAUAUGUGGUCUUCUCAUCCUGAGUUCAACCAUGUUAUCAAGUCCAACUGGUGUGGGGUUUUUGACCUUUAUCCUUUGAUUAAUCUCUCUAUUAUCCAAAUCAGAACUGGCAAGGCUCUUAAAAGGUGGAAUUGGGAGGUAUUUGGAAAUGUUUUUACUACUGUUACAAUUGCUGAAAAAGAAGUGGAACACCUUGAAAAGAAAGUGCAAAAGGGUAUUACUGAAGACAAGGAUUUACUCACUGCUCAGCAUCAGUUACUUACUGCUAUUGACUAUCAGGAUUUAUUCUUUAAGCAGAAAGCUUUUCUCAACAUCUUCACUGAUGGAGAUAGAAAAACUAAGUUUUAUCAUGCCUACAUUAAAUAUAGAAGGAUAUAUAGGACUCCCAUAGAUAGGACCCAUUUCAAUGCAGAUAGAUCCUAUACUUUGAACCUUAUGCUUAAUGAUCCUCCUACUGAUCAAGAGGUUUGGAUGGCUAUUAGCUUAAUUGAUAGCUCUAAAUCUGCUGGUCCAGAUGGCUUCACUGCUGACUUUUAUAAGAAAUCUUGGGACUUAAUUAAGAAGGAUUUUACUGUAGCAAUUAGGAGCUUUUUCCAGGGAAAUAAUCUGCUUCAUUAUUUCAGUGCAUUUUGGUUUGUACUGAUUCCCAAGGCUGAGGUUCAGAAUAAAUGGGAACAUUUCAGACCUAUUUGUCUCACUACUAUUGUUAGCAAAGUCAUAAGUAAAAUCACUGUCAAAAGGUUGCAGCCACACUUGGAUUGA